CAAAUUGAAAUUGACGUUUUAAGAUUGAGGUUAUAAAGCAAACAACAACAAAUAUUUUUACCGGUUUUCAGUUUGUAGUUGUAUAUUACAGUAAAAAUGUCUAGCAAACCUAAUUCUAAACGUACAAUUUAUGUUGGAGGCCUAGCAGAAGAGGUAGAUGAGAAGGUGCUCAACGCAGCGUUCGUUCCUUUUGGCGAUUUAGUAGAUGUUCAAAUACCUUUGGAUUAUGAGACUGAGAAGCACAGGGGCUUCGCUUUUAUUGAAUUUGAAAAUGCCGAAGACGCUGCAGCGGCUAUAGACAAUAUGAAUGAUUCUGAACUAUUUGGUCGCACAAUAAGAGUGAAUAUAGCUGCUCCACAACGCAUCAAAGAAGGUUCUACUAGGCCGGUCUGGUCCGAGGACUCCUGGUUACAGAAACAUGCUGGAGAAACAUUAACUGUAACAAAAGAUAAGGAUAAAGAAAAUAAAGAGGAAGGUACUAAGGAAAAUGCAGAGACUGCUGCUAUACCAACGAAACCAUCAGAGAAGCGUAAUCCACAAGUAUACUUUGACAUAAGCGUGGGCAAGCAAUCCCUAGGCCGGGUGAUAAUGAUGUUGAGAGCGGACAUUGUGCCCAAGACUGCAGAGAACUUUAGAGCACUGUGCACACAUGAGAAGGGAUUUGGGUACCAGGGCAGCAGUUUUCACAGGAUCAUACCGGAUUUUAUGUGUCAAGGUGGUGAUUUCACCAACAACAACGGGACAGGCGGCAAAUCGAUAUACGGCCGCAAGUUCGAAGAUGAGAACUUCACGUUACGACACACGGGCCCCGGUAUACUCAGUAUGGCGAACUCGGGCCCCAAUACUAAUGGAUCGCAAUUCUUUUUAUGUACCGCUAAAACGGACUGGCUGGACGGCAAGCACGUGGUGUUCGGUCACGUGAUCUCCGGGCUGGACGUGGUGAAGAAGAUGGAGAAGUACGGCAGCAAGAGCGGCACCGUCUCCAGCAAGGUCACCAUCAGCAACUGUGGAGAAUUACAAUGAUCAUUACUA